CGUGUUCUCUGCAAGAUCACAAUUGUUGUCUUAGGUGAACAUCAAUUCCCCUUCUCGUCGAAGAUCUUGGGAUCAGUACGUAGUUUCUCCUAACCUAGUCUGGAAAUAUUUUCGUGUCUUCCACACCUUGUGACAACUAGAAUUCGUAAACGGGAUGGCCGAUCCUGAUCUUCCCCGGCUUGCCCUUUCGUAUUUGAAAGACCUUGGCAUACUUCGUGGGGAAUACAAGAUUCCCUUACCGGUCGCAUCGAAGCAAAAAGCGCAAUCGAGCAGUUCCACGACUGCAGGUGCAGGUACAACUACGUUUUGCUUUUGUUGGGCCAAAAUAUUGGCUGCAAGAUGCAUGCAGAAAGUCUCCAUGCUUACGUUGUACUCAAUUUACCCUCUUUCCAGGAGGAGGCUCUACCGCGAGCGCAGCCGCCGCGCCUGUGGUCGCAGAACCAGCAUCAGCGCAGAGUCAUGCUGGUCCUCGUCGGCGUUCAGUAACGCUGCUGACAAAAACGAGCAGCUGUCGCGUGUACCUCGAACCAAAACCCGAGGGGCUUUCCCCCGAAAAGCUCCAGAGCACUUUGCUCACUUUUCUGUUCACUGGUCUUGCUGCGCAGGAGCAGCGUGAUGCUGUGGGAAUAAAGCCGAUGCAAGAUGACGGCCUACGAGGAGCAGUGGCCUCUUUCCAAGUCACCUUUAGGAGUGCAACCGAUCGGUUUCUGUGCCAACGGGCGCUGAGUUGCAAGCGUCUGUACGGAGGAAAAACGGCAAGCACGGUGCGGUUCGAAGAUGCAAUUUUGGAUUGCGGGUUGUGCCAACUUUAUCCGCGGCUGGAUUUGGGUUUUUCAGACACGGCUGGUGCUCUGGAAGCUAACGACGGAAAUGACACCGACAAACUCUAUGCAGGUAAAUGUAAAAGAUACCGACAUGUUGUUCCUUGAAGAUUUGAGUCUGAUGAACUUGAAGCAGUGAGGGUAAGCGAGUACAGGCAAACUUAGUUUGGCUACACAAAGAACAUCUUCUUCUAUUCCUUUUGUCUCCACUUACAGCCUCGGCUCUGGUAGUGGCGAACGUUCCCCCAGACUCUUCGGUCGAUAUGGUGAAGAAGUUCCUGCAAAGUGGUGGUGCCGACCUUGCUGCAGUGACAAUAUUGCGUCCAGGGGUCAUGCGCGCCACGUGGAACUCUGGGAAAGCAGCAUUUCUCUGUCGGCGGGCACUUUCGGGCAAAAAGAUUGGUGACAGGCAUAUCGCGUUUCGCGCAGCAGCUUGAAGUAAGUUGUAGAAGAAAGAAGUAGAUUAAGAUCGCUAAUAGAAACCAGAAAACUAAAGUAAUGACUGUCAACAGGACCAAGAAGGUGGCGAUCCUUUGAGAGGAAAUAUUUGCCCGAUGACGCUGCUGCGAUGGUCCUGUUCUGGGAGUAAAAAUAGGGAGAAGAAACGCCACAGAAGCAAAAAAAAAAGCAACAUUGACUACUGAAAAAAUAGAUGUCGCAGAGGUUGAGCGUAUGUGUAUGAUUUACUUAUUUGAAUCACCGAUGUAAACAAGGCAGGGUUUAUAUUCGCCGAAUUGCUAUUUUUGACGAUUGCUCCUCAUCCUCUUCCUCUUACAGAUCGCGAAAGCGAGGUAGUACCACGUAGCUAACUGGAAUAAAAUGAGCUCUCCUUCUCCUGAAGAGACCGUGGCGUUUUUGCAAACGCACGGCGUCGUUUUUUCGGAGCUGCUUCAAGACUUGCUGCGCAAGAAGCCCGACCAGCCGUCUCUGUACAUCCUGCAGCGGCUCUGCGAAGAAGCUACCGCGAGAGAGUUGCGGGCGGCUGGAUUAGCAUUGACGCAGAAGAAUAACGCAAGUAACCUAUUGACGGCGCGAACAUUGCUCGAAGACAUGGAAAAGCGGGUGCUCCCCAAGUGAUCUGAACGAGACAGAGGCACGAGGAUGCAACGACGAAUCCCAAUCGAUUUCCACAUGGCUUGAGGCUGCAAAAGCUUCUGCGGCAAAUAUUUUUCUGUGACUGAAAGAUAAAGAAGAAGAACUCCAUGGGAAUG